GGUUGUAAGAAAAAAAAACAUGUAUAUGGUUGGGGCUUUGUGUUGUAAGUGCGAAGAGUGAAGAGAGAAGUAACGAAACAAUAAGAGCUGGGGAAAGUGGUGGGAACGAAGAAGCCAACAAAGACAAAUCAAGGAGAAAAGAAAAAAGCUCUAAUGCUUUUUUGGGUUUGUUUCUCACCAGCUAGAGUUGUUUAGAAGCUCAUCUUAAGCAUUGUGGCAGUGACCUGAGCAUUUAGCUAUUUGAGUAGAAGAUAUGAGCUACAGCAGCUCCUCAAUGAGUUCUGGUAGUGGGAGUUCUAGAAGGGCAUUUGAGUUUGGGAGGACCCAUGUGGUCAGACCUAAAGGGAAACACCAGGCAACUAUAGUUUGGCUACACGGCCUUGGUGACAAUGGCUCGAGCUGGUCCCAACUCUUGGAAUCUCUUCCUCUUCCAAAUAUUAAAUGGAUUUGCCCAACUGCUCCUACACGGCCUGUAGCUAUAUUCGGUGGAUUUCCUUGCACUGCUUGGUUUGAUGUUGGGGAGAUUUCACAAGAUGUUCCUAGUGAUUUGGAGGGUUUAGAUGCUUCUGCAGCACAUGUUGCCAAUCUUUUGUCAACAGAGCCUCCUAACAUCAAACUUGGUAUUGGGGGCUUCAGUAUGGGUGCUGCAACUGCACUUUACUCAGCUACAUGCCAUGUUUUGGGGCACUAUAGGAAUGGAAACAUUUACCCUAUCAACUUAAGUGCUGUUGUUUCUUUGAGUGGCUGGCUUCCUUGUGCAAGGACCUUGAAGAAUCAAAUUGAACAAUCACGUGAUGGUAUAAGGCGUGCAGCAUCGUUGCCCUUAUUUCUCUGCCAUGGAAAAGGUGAUGAUGUGGUUGCAUACGAACACGGAGAGAAGUCUGCAAUAGCCUUAAGUUCAGCAGGAUUCCCAAAUCUUAUGUUUAGGAGCUACAAUGGGUUGGGUCACUAUACAAUCCCUGAAGAGACUGAUGAAGUUUGCAGGUGGCUAACUGCAAAUCUGGGAUUGGAGGGGUUUCGGUUGAACUAGAGAAGAAAAGUUGAAAGAGGUGACAAAUAUAAAAAGAUAGUUUUUAAUUUAGGCGAAUGAAAGAGGCGCUAUAGAAUAGAUAGUGGUGUGUGGUGGGGGUAUAUUGGUUAUGGUAUAGCUGCUUCCUUCUCUUUUAUAUUUUCAUGCUACUCAAUAAAUGUUCUUAACCUUUAGUGCUUUGAUGGAAGGACAUGGAUAGUUUCCUUUACAUCCAGCAAAUUUUGUUUAUUUCAUUUGGGCAUGGAUAUCUAUGUUGCUUUCUGUAUUCA